GGCCCGGGGCAACGGGGCCCUCGCCACGGGUUUAGCGCAGCGGGGCGGCGGGAUGUGGGCGCCUCGGGCGGAGCUCGGAAGCUAAGCAGGAUCGGCCUUGGCUACUUCUUGGAUGGGGCCGGCUUGGGAGGUCGGAAAAACGCCCCAUGGCAGCCAGCUUGCCCAGACAACUGCACGGAGAAGUGUCAGUUUUGUGACAAAGCCUUUAUGAACUAUUCCUUCCUGCACAGUCAUUUGCAGCGUCGCCAUUCGGAAGAACCGCUCACUGAUCAGAAGAAAAAAUCACAGACUGAUAAACUGCAGGAGGAGAUCAACCAACUGAAGGAACAGUUAGAACUUACCAGGUCUCAGUUAGAAGCUGAGCAGCAUGCCCAUAUAGCCAAACUGUCUAAGGAAUAUGAAGAACGCAGGUCCAAAGAGGAGGAGAUUCGACAGUUAUUUCACAAGUGGAAAGAAGAAGAAAAGGAAAAAUUGGCCAGUGAACUUGAGAAGGUGAAAGAGAUGUUUAUCAAGGAAUUUAAAGAAUUAACUGCAAAAAAUUCAGAAUUAGAAAAUCAUUUGCUAGAAGUACAGAAGUCCAACCAACAUCUGAAAUCCAAUUUAGGCACAUUAAAAGAUACCUAUGAAUUAACAGAAGAGAAGCAUCAAACUGCUAUGGAUCAUCAUAACAUAAUGCAGCUUCUUGAAAAACAGGAAGCUAAGUGGUCUUCUAAGGUACAAGCUCUUCAGGAAGAACAUGAAAAUGAAAAGCACCAGCUCACAUCUCAAAUAGAGAAGCUCAAAGCAUCAGUGGCUGAGGAUCUGAAUACGAGCAACAUUUUCUAUAAGAAGAGGCUAGAAGAAUUAGGACAAAAGCUGCAAGAACAGAAUGAUCUUAUUAUUACCCAGAAGCACCAGAUAGAGAAACUGGCUUCAAAAAAACCAGUAGAAAAUUUAAAGUCAUCUGAGGUGAAAGCUUCAGUGCAAAAUGUUCAGCCUAAAUCAAGCCCAUCAUCUGUGCGUGAACAAGCCCUCUUGGUACCCAUGCUGGAGCCCAUAGAGGAGCUUCCAGAGAAUGAAAAAGAAAUAGAAAAGCAAGUGCCCAAAACAGGAAAGAAUAAGUCUCAUAUAAUAAAUACUUUGAAGAGCGAUCCUUCUUUAACGAAAGAGCUGAGAACUGUUUUGGAGCAGACCUUAGCAGAAAAGUUGGAAUCCUUGGGAAUUAAAUCCGGAGUACAUGGCAUCCCGAGUGAUCAUUUGAACAGAGUCUUAAUAUCUGUUGAGUCUGCUAGAGAAGAGAGAAAGAAACAGUUGCCUGACAUUCAACAUAUUCGAGAGCAACUUGAACGACAAGUCAGCUUUAGAGUUGCAGAAAGAUCAUCUUGCAGCAGACUUCUUUCCAUCCCUCAUCUUUCUCCAGAAGCUAAACAGAGGGCAGCUCACUUAGGAACUUCAUUAUCCACUGUUUUGUCCAAGCCCGUAAAACGUUCUUCCAUUGCCAAACGUUCACCCAUGCAAAGAACAUUGCCUGCUGAAAACACAUCUACCCCAAAAAUCAAGAAAAGUAUGUUGAAGGAUGAAAUUUCAAGAAAGCCACCAAGUACUGUAACUCCUCCAUUUAGCUCAGAAGAGGAAGUGGAGGAAGAUGAUAUCAUGCAGUCCUACAUCUCACCUGAAUUAUCUCUGCAUAAGGCAUCAAAGUGCAACAGCAAAGACAACUUGCCAAGAUUUGCAAAUCAGAGUGAUGUAAACUUCCCUGAAGACGAAGUAGAACUUAAGCCAUCCAGAAGCUCUUUAAUUCAAAAUGAAAUGGAUGAAAUGGAAAAGUUUCUUUUGAGCCAACGAAAGGAAAGUAAACAAAUUGGAGGAACUAAUGGUGUUUCAGCAUCUAUUCAAAUGUGUGUCCAAGGAGUAAAGUUUACAGGUGUUGAAGAUGAGGAUGACUGGGAUUUAUCAUCUCUGGAAGAUGAAAAACUUUUGAAAGAUGAGAAAAAUAAGAAUGUACCUGGUGUUGAAAAGAAUGAUCCAUAUGCUAUAUCCAUGAUCCAUGGAUGGGAAAAUCCUGUGGGAAAGCCAAUAAAGGAUGAAGGACUUCAAGAGGCAGAUACUUCAAGCACACAGAAAAGCAGCUUGGUCACUGUUACAGAUUGGAGUGACUCUUCAGAUAUUUGAUUGUCCCAGAAGGAGGUUUAAUCUGAUUUCUGUCCUUUUUUUCUUAUUGUGCACUAACAAGGAACUUUUCUUUACAAAUCUGUGUCCAGAGUUUUACC